AUGAGGUCGCAAAUAUCGAGCUCCUUUUUAAGACACGGGCAUCUGCCUAUACGAGAGGAUGAUUGCUCGUACGUUUGGAAAGUUUCCGCCGCGGAACGUUGCGAAUGGGUGAGGAAUACUGAAGACUGCUACUCAGAUUCGAUGAUUCAGUACACGAUAUUGUUGUUUUGCUAUUUCAAAUCCGAAGAGGCAUACCUGUUUAUUAGCGGCUUGGUCCUCGUACUUUUAUUUCUAAUUUAUUUAUUCUUGGUUUUAGGAUCCACGGCAGAUAACUUUUUUUGUCCAGCACUGGCGGUAAUAGCCAGUGUAAUGCAUCUAUCGGAUAACAUAGCUGGGGUGACGAUAUUGGCAUUCGGAAACGGCGCGCCUGACAUCUUCACGUCCCUCGUGUCGAGAGGCGACGGAGCGAUAAUAAUGUUCACCGAAUUAAUCGGAGCGGGUGUCUUCGUGACCUCGAUGAUCGCCGGUUCCGUGGCGAUAAUUAAACCCUUUAAAGUUUCACUCAAAUCUCUCAUGAGAGAUGCCUGUUUUUAUAUCGUUUCCGUGUGCUGGAUUAGUUACGUAGUAUGGGAUGAAAUAGUUUACCUCUGGGAAGCCGUAAGUUUUCUUCUGGUUUACAUGUCAUUCAUCGUCGUGGUCAUAAUAAUGCAAAUAUGUGAGACCAAAGAGGAACAUCUGAAAACUAGGAUCCCAAGUGUACCUGAUCCAGACGUCCUGCAUACUUACUUGGCGAACAGAGACACAAGCACCAUUCCCAAGAUUCCCGCUAAAAGCCGACCUUUUGGCUUGCGUGCCAAACUAGAUAUUGCCGUCAUAACGGAAAUAGAAAGAUCGAAACUACGAGGCAAUCUCGUCCAGUUAAGCCCGGAAAUUAGCGACUACGUUUCUGACCGACCAAUAGGUCUUUUCACAGAAUUUUUGUACGAUAUCAAUCCGAUCAGCAAAGAAGAUUGGAAGAAAUCGAGUAGAUUGCUUAAGAUCAUUUUGAUUAUACGUUCGCCCGUCAUGUUGUUAUUGCAAAUCUUUAUACCAGUUGUAAAUCCUACUGUUGAGAAAAGAGGCUGGUCAAAGCUAUUGAAUUGCUUUCAGUUGUGUGUAACACCUACAAUAAUAUUAUUUUUAUUAGAUGUUUGGCAAACGACUUUUGGCAAUGUGCCGAUAGUGCUGAUAUUCCUCGUUGUCGGCACCGUAAUUGGUGUAAUUGUGUUUCUAACGACUCACGUGAACCGUGUACCAAAAUUUCAUAAUAUCUUUGCAUUUUUGGGAUUUUUCGCUGCUAUGUUGACGGUUUAUUUAGUGGCCGGAGAGAUCAUGGCGGUACUCCAAUGCAUAGGAUACGCAUGUAGCAUAUCUGACGCCAUGCUGGGUAUCACUUUUCUUGCAUGGGGAAACAGUAUCGGGGAUCUGAUAUCGAAUGUCGCUAUCGCCAGACGAGGAUUUCCUCGUAUGGGAUAUGCAGCUUGCUUUGGCGGACCGAUGUUUAACACUCUGCUGGGACUAGGGCUGACUUAUGGUAUUGCCAGCGCUGCCGAUCCUGAACAACACACGAAGAUCAGGAUCAGUGAUAUGGCACCCGGUUGCCUAGCUUUCCUCCUGUGUUCACUAGUGGCUACCAUCAUUUAUCUCAACAUUACAGGAACUAUCGCACGCCGUUCAUAUGGCGGCCUUUUAUAUUCCAUCUACUUUGCUUUUAUUCUUAUACAAUUUUUAAGUGAAUUGCACGUUAUACAUCCGCUUGGCACCGAUUUCAGACCCGACGUGUAA